AUGUCCACGUUUGGGAGUCCCUCAGCCAUGACUCGUGGUGUUCAAUCGUCGCCUUCAUCUAAACCCGCCUCGCCAACCGCUGGUAAUGUUUCCGACAAGUCAGCAAAUAAUUCAAAUAGAGGUACCCACACCAACAACCAUCCCUUGUCAACCUCGUCACCACUCCAUCGUCAACCAAAAUUUCCACAAGAUGUGGUCGACUCUUCGGGCCGCAUCACCAACAACCAUAACGGCAAAAAAUCAGCACCGCAUACGGGGCCAUCGCGCCCACGUCAAGAAAUUAUUGAGCUUGAUAGCGACACGGAACCAAAUAGCGCCUCGGGAAAAUUGAACUCAUCUAUCGCCCCUUCAGCAAGGAAUAGAUCUCUCCUCGGCCAACCGUUCGAUCCUGUUAGGAGUGGAUCCACUGCUAAAUCCGGCCAUCGUGCUUCCGCGUCGCCUUCUAUAUCCUCGCUGAUCGACCCGCAGCCACUAACCGAACCUCAUGCCGCGGCCUUAUCGUCCGACAAGCAAUUCAAUUCGUCCUUCGCUUCGGACACUGCUGUCGGAAAUGGUGUGAGGGUAGAGAAAUUGCCGCGAUCCGGCGAGGUGGGGGAUUCACUAAACCGAUCGCCGAAAUCGAAAAAUGGUACAGCUCCUUCUUCUGCAGCUGCAUCUCCCAAACCCCGACCGUCUCUGCCUUCGACCUCUGGCAAUGGAUUAUUAUCGGGUGUUUUACCAGGUACGACUGCUGCUACUAGCGAAGCAUGUAUCCCCAACAUUUAUAUUCAUGUUCCUCUCAAUGGGGAGCACAACAAAUAUGUUAACUUUGCUAAACUGGCGGAGGAGCGUUACGGAUGGGCAGCUUUGAACCCAAAGCUCGCGAGAGCUAGGGAAAAUAUGAUGAAAGGGGACAGUGGUGAUGAGAUGAUGGUUGAUGGCUCGGAAUCGGAGUCGAAUAUUGAAAUGGAUAAGCCGAUGGACUCCGAAGGUGGGAAGCGAAAAAAGAGAAGGCAUCAAGACAUUUAUGACAAAAACGACCCCUUCAUUGACGAUACCGAGAUGCUUUGGGAAGAGCAAGCUGCCGCCUCAAAGGACGGUUUCUUCGGGGAGAAACCCCAAAUUGAAAGGGCCGAUGGCACCGUAAAGAGAGGACGCGGGCGUGGGCGUGGCGGUACCACUCGUGGCACGGCGGCUGCACGAGGUCCUACCAUCAGGAAACCUCGUCUCACAAAGAAGGAAAAGGAAAGAAUGGAGAAGGAGAAGGAGGAACGUGAAAAGACAUUCUUUCAAGUCACUUCUGUUAAACCUCCCGGUGGUGGUUGACACUACCUGUGUCUGGCUGGCUGGGUUGUUUCCUUGGGGUGGAUGUUUUUCGUCUUUCAUUUUUCUAGUUGUAUUCCAUAAACUUGGGAGAGGGGAUCUGUAAAACUAGAUGUUCGAUUAUGUCAUGGCGUUCGUAGUUUCCUUGUUACUUCUUUUAUCACAUUUUAUUUGCUUCGUCUCACCCCCCGUUUACUUCCGGAGCUGGAGUAUCGCAGAUAAGUGGCAUAGUGUAUUUUAAUUCUCGAAUGGAUCAUAGGGCUAUGGCAAGUUGA